AUGGAAAAUGUUCAACCGCUGUGGAAUGCCGACCCUAUGAUUCGCCAUCUCCUCGCCGCCUUCCGGGAUACAUUCUCCAACCGCGGCAGUAUCCAUCAUCUUCAUCGUCAUCAUCCAGUCCUCAAUCUAUUACUAAUGGCCACGCCGUCAACAAUGGGCUCCAAGUCCAGCCUCAGCGAAGCCCUCGCCCUCCUCCCCCCACUCCAGCUCUACCGCCGCAUCCUCCGCGUCCACCGCCGCAAGCUCGAUCCCGAGAUGCGCAUCCUGGGCGACUCAUACGUGAAAAGCGAGUUCCGCGCACACAGAAACGUAGAGAAUCCUCUGCAUAUUAUCGGCUUCUUGACGGAGUGGCAGCUGUAUGCUCAGAAGCUGGAGGGUGAUGCGUGGGUUGGGGAGAAGCUGGAUAAGUCCAAGUUGGACAAGAUGAGUGAUCAGCAGAUCGGGCAGCUGUAUGAACUCAUGCAGGCGAUCAAGAAUCCGGAGGGAGAGGGGAAGGAGUGA